AUGAACGCACUCUACCAAAGAAGCCACAAUCAAACAGUUUAUGUUCUUCUUCGGAUGGUCGUCCGAGCCUUUUAUGAAGAUGUUCAUGUAGUGGUGAUGGACGCAUUAUUACAUUAUCAGACAAAUCAGAUCGAUGAAAUCCGAGAGGGCGAUUUGGUGAAAAAAGUGAAUUUACAACCUCAUGUUGUUAAAAAGGCACUCUUGGAUUUGUAUAAUGACUCAAUAGUAGUGAAGGAAGAAAAGGCUACGGAAAGAAAAAAGGGACAAAAGAAAUAUCCAUUUAAAUCGGAAUGUUUUUGGCGAAUUGAUUAUGAGCAAUGUAUCAAUUCUAUUCGAUAUAAAUUGUAUCUAGUUUCACAGGAAGUCAAAAAGAAAGUGCAAGCAAAUCCGACAUAUGUCUGCUCGGGAUGUUACGAAGAAUUUGAAUCAUAUGAUACGGCCAAGUUACUUGAUUAUUCUACAGGUCUUUUAAUUUGUAAUUUAUGUGGGUCCGAAGUGAAUGAGUCUGCUGACUCCAUGGAAAAACAUGAGGAAACAGUAUCAGGAUCGGAUUCGCUCGAAGUUCGAUUUAAUACGCAGUUAGCACCGAUCAAAGAUCGAUUAGAUCAAUGCAAAGAUUAUGUUGUUCCAAAAGACUACAGAUGGAAUUACAAAAGUAUUGUCACAAAAGAAGAAGCAGACAAACGAAUCGAAGAACAACGUAAACAAAUUGACAGAGACAAGAGCAUGGGAACUCACAAGCAGGUACAUGUCCAAAGGCAUCAUCAACACAACACUCUCGGUGCCACUGCACACGUUGCCAAAGCAGCUGGAAGGUCUACAAACUCAUUCCAGCUUGAUCCCUCAGCAAACAUUAUUAUUGAUUUUGCUGAAAGUAAUAGCACAGCAGAGACUGAGAAGGAAACCACUCCAGUGGCAAAGAAACCAGAAAAUCCAUUCUUCUUGAAACAAACAGUCUCCUCAAAAGAGUAUGCCGAUUAUAGUGAUGUAAAUGAAACUGUAGAGGAGGAAGAUGGUGGUGUGUCACUUAACGACAGAGAGAUUAAUACUGAAGUGUAUCAUCAACUGUUGGAAAGAGAACAUGAAGAACAACGAAAAGCCAAUGCUAUGGAUGAUGAGUUUGAAGAUAACAACAUGAUUGAUGAAUUUGUGAAUGUCACCGAUGGCCUCGGGCAGCCUCAACAACAAGAAGCAGCACAAGAUUCUUCAGAAACUUUUGUCUAUGUUCAAGGUGUUGCCGUUCCAUACUCUAUGGCCAAAGAUAACCCUUCAUAUUUAGACAAAAUGACACCACAAGAAUACGAAAAUUACAUGAGUAUUUAUAAGCAAGAAGAAGACAUUUAUGAAUUUUAG